AGUUCAUAUGAAAGGAAAAGACCAGUUAAGUUAAAUUUGAUUUAAGUACUGCUUGUGAGAUACGCGUCACUUUGUUUUCUGAGCUGUCAAUCACAAUUUGAUCACAAUGGCGGACGCGCUGUUUUCGGCCAAUUUCACGGCAGUUCCAGUGACCAAUGGGGAGAGGAAGACGGGGAAGUUCGACGGCCUUCUGGAAGGAAACGAAACUCCUGAGAACUACGUAUGUAUGGACUGCGGGUCGUCACGGGCCUGUUUGGAUUUGUGUGCUGUUGGUGAGCUCCGUUGGUGGUUUAAUCAUCGCUAAUGCAUCUACUAACUAUUGGAAGUUAGAAGUACAGUGGAACCUCGACAUACGAGUAUUUCAAGAUACGAGCAAACCAUCGAGAUACGAGUACUCUCUUCCCUCCCUUCCUCCCUCCCUCCUCUGCACAUGCCGCCAUUAGCCUCUACUGUAUCGUCUGUCUCGAAGGUACGAGACGGAAACGAUCAGUACAACAGAAGAGCAAAACACUAAGCACAAAGAGCGACAUGGCAUGACAACGAACAGUGAACCAAUCAGGACUGAGAGCAAGUUCGCGAGAGGGCGCCAAGUGUCGCGAGAGAGACUAAUGACAGAGACACAGGUUCAAAGAGGGAAUCUCAACAGCCAACCGCACGUCGGGAAGCUGUGUUACCUCCAGAAUCUCCGCAGCUGCAGUCUACAUUUCAGGGUGCCUGGGGAACUGCAGCGUAUCCCAGUAGUCAGUGGGCAAGGCCGAGGUACACCUGGGACGAUUCUCUGACAAUCAAUGUCAUCUGACAACCAUCAGCUACCCAUGAUGGGACCCACCUGCAAAAUCUACCUCAAUGCCAGAGUGAUGUUUAUUCUCCGUCUCCGCCGGCGGCCAAGGUAACUGUCUUAUGAUUGUACCGGUCCAGCCCAGUUGACAUCUAACCAGGUCUACCAGUCCAUAUAUCUGGGAGCUGAUUUGUGUCCAGACUGCCCAAACAGUUGCCAGCACAUCUUUUGGCACAGUACCGAGAGUCCUCGCUUUAUGACGUCCUCGACCUACAGCGUUUCGUGGUUCCCAUCAACUUUAUCAAGCAAACAUUUAUUCUCCCACAAUGACUGCACGCAUCUACCUGAAGAAUUACUUCUUAUCCCGCGCACGGAAAUGAAGUCGUUUUAUACGAGUGGAGGCGAUCGCUGACCAACACGGAAGCCGGAACCGUGGCCCAAGCAUAAAUGAAGACGUCUUCAUCUGUGGCACAGCUGUGGCCUCAAAUCUCUGCUGCUCUGCCAGCCAGUGAGGACCAGUUCCUGCUGCUCUUCAGUGACACGGUGGAGUCCAGUGUGUUGGAUUUACUGAAACGCUCCAGGCGUCAUCUGUACAGCCAGACGUCCAACAGCAGCCUCUCACUGAACGCUCAGAUCGUUUUGGACUACUCGUGGGAGAAACUCAACACGGGAACAUGGCGAGACGUGGACAAGGAGUGGAGACGCGUUUACUCUUACGGAUGCCUGUUCAAAGUGGCCGCUCUGUGCCGUGGCGGACCGUCAGAGGAUGAGCUGCGGCAGGCCAUCAGGACCUGCGACAUGGGUUUGCUCAUGGGUGCGGCCAUCAUGGACAAUAUACUUCAGGUUAUUGUUGGGAUUUUGCAAAGUCAGUUUAAAAAGUCCUGUGAAGACGGUGAUGACCAGGGACAACCUGAGGUGAAGAGAAUGAAGACAGAGUGUCCCCUUGUCCCUGUGAUCAGAGAAGAGCUGGCAGUUCCCAGAGUGAAGUGUCCAUCACUGGAAAGCUUCAAGACAAACUACCUGCUGCCUCUCAAACCCGUGGUUCUAGAAGGAGUCAUUGACCACUGGCCUGCACUUAACCAACACCCCUGGAGCAUAGACUACCUGCGGUCAGUGGCCGGCUGUCGGACCGUUCCAGUCGAAGUCGGAUCGAGGUACACGGACGAGGAGUGGUCACAAACGCUGCUCACGGUGGAUGAAUUCAUCGAUCGGUUUAUUUCAAAUGAGGAUAAGGCUAAAGGUUUGGGUUAUCUGGCCCAGCACCAGCUGUUUGAUCAGAUUCCAGAGUUGAAGGAAGACAUCCGUUUCCCUGAUUAUUGCUGCCUGGGUGAGGACGACGAAGACCACAUUACUGUGAACGCAUGGUUCGGACCGGGAGGUACGGUGUCUCCUCUUCACCAAGACCCUCAGCAGAACUUUUUGGCUCAGGUUGUGGGAAGUAAAUACAUCCGCCUUUAUUCCCCGGAGCACACGGACAAGCUCUACCCUCAUCAGUCACCGCUGCUUCACAAUACCAGUCAGGUGGAGGUGGAGAGUCCAGACACACAGCGCUUCCCUGAGUUUUCCAAAGCUCCGUAUCUCGAAUGCGUCUUACAGCCAGGCGACGUGCUGUUCAUCCCUGUCCAACACUGGCAUUAUAUCCGAUCCUUGGAGCUCAGCUUCUCUGUCAGUUUCUGGUGGUCAUGAAUCCAGGAACCGUGAUUCAAAAUUAAUUAUUUUGCCUGUGGAGUAUUGUUCCACAGUUGUAAAUAUUUACAAAUUACAGUUUAUUUUUAUAUAUUUUAGCCAUGCUGUAUGUAUAUAUACACAAUGCAAAUUCUGACCAUAGGGUAAGUGUUGCUCUGAUCAUAUGCUCUCUUUCAGCACUAUCCAAAAUUAUUCAUGACAAGGCUCCUCCCAAACACCAUUAGUUUCUGGCUGCAAACCCACAGACAAUGCGAGAAAAUAUGUGAAGAAACAUCAACGUUAAGAAUGUAUUCUAAUACUUUCAUUCACUAUUCAAUAAUUAACACAUUUAUUUAGUAUAACGUGUGUAUUGGUCUGCACGUUUAGUCGGCAAAAACCUGCCCAUUUAGCGCCUGCUAGCUAGAUUGAGGAGCAAAACCGAUCGAUCAUUAUUAUUGCGGGGCUUUUUUUUUUUUUACUAACCUGUGAUCAAACUAAUAACUAUUUCGAUCGUUAAAACACGUUUUGAGACGGAGGUAUGAGACCGCCGCAUGCUUAAUGAUGAUUGGCUAAGGCAGAGCAAGCGUUCACAGUAAGCUAAUCAGACGCGGUGUGUUCACCCACACUUGCAGCUUGAGCCGAGACAAGAGUCUUUUUUUUUUCAGAUAACAAAGAGGGCAGAAACUGAAUAACUUGAAGAAUCAAACAUUUCCUUGAGAGAGGCUUAACAUCCAACGUGGUCUUGAUGUAUCGGUGUGACGAUGUCGUCGUUGCAGGUGCGUACGUCUUCAAUUACCAUAUUGGAUUGAAACAAUGAAAUGUGCUAUUUCUGGUAUGUUCAGAUACUCAAAGUUGACGGAGCAACCUAGCCAAUUGUUGUAAUUGAUAUGUCGUGUUUGUAGUCGAGCUGUGAUAUGCGAACUGUUGCAUACAAACUUUUCAAUCGACAUAUUUCCGCUGUUUAUCUUGUGUAAAAUGCUGACAUGGAAGAAAUGGUUGUAAAUGAUCAGAAUUAAAUAAAUAUUCGUCAAACAUC